AUGCCGCACACCCUUGCGCCCCUCGCGAUCGGCCUCGUGCUCCUGGGCAUCCUGGCCUGGUACGAAGGCAAGCCCGCCGAGCCCGUGUUCCCUCCGCAUCUUCGGCAGCGUCACGGCCAACACGGCCCUGCUGUCGGGGUUCAUCCACGGCCUGCUGCUGUACAGCAUCGCCCAGUAACUUACCUGCCGCUGUUCUACCAACCCGUGCACCUGCAGACGCCGCUAGGCGCCGGCAUCUCGACGCUCACGUACUCGGCGGGGACAAUAGGCAUGAGCGCCAUCUCGGGCGUGGUGGUGAACCUCGUCCGCAGAUACAAGCUCGUGCUCCUGGCCGGCUGGGUCCUGAGCACCGUGUUCAUCGGCCUGCUCUACACCCUCGACGGGGCCACGCCCAGGGCCGCGGAAUACAGUUACUGCACUCUGAUGGGCAUCGGCGUCGGCACAGUCCUGACCGUCACGGCGCUGCCUGCGCAGGCCAGCGUCAACGCUGCUCGGUCUCUCUCUUUCGGCUCGACGGUCUUCAACUCGGGUUUCCAAAACAAAAUAAAUGCUGUUCUGGCCACCACACCCGACGACCUUCCCGACUCCCUGGCCAAGUUCGGGAACAACGCGAAUCAGGCCCUGACCCUGAUUCCUCGCCUGCGGGAACUGGAGCUGGAACUGCCCCGGGAAGCCAUGGACCUGAUCAUCGGUGCGUACAACAGGCCAUUCCAGGUGAUUUGGUUGGUCUUUACCGCGCUUUCGGGCAUCGGCUUGGUUUCUGCCGUCUUCAUACGGGAGAUUUCAAUGGAGAACGAUGAGGUCGGCAGGCAAGGACUGAGGCAGUAG